UUAAAGCCGACGUCACUUCCGUGUUAGCAAUGUCGGUAAUACGCAUGCGCUAUGGACACGCUUGUCAUGGAGAGGAACGGGCCUUCGAGCCACGAGGUGUUCUCCGUUACAUUCGUCUUUCACGCGGCUUCAAACAAUAUCUCCAACAAAAAGAAGCUGAAGAAGAAAAAGGAGGAGGCCAACAGCGCAAGCGAAGCCAAGCUGAAUGGCGGCGAGGCCAAGAUCAAAAAAAUCAAAAGCAAAAAGAACGAGGGGGCUUCCGAGGAGAGUCCGGCCUUACAAAGUGACAAAAAAGUGAAAAAAAAGAAGCUGGACAAGAACAAAGAACCAGACAAAGAAAAAGAGAAAGAGACAAAAAAGAAAGCCAAAAGUGCCCCCAAAAAGAAGAAAGCUUCAGUCACAGACGACGACGACGAAGAGGACGAGGAAGACACUCCGAAAAAGAAAACCAAGAAGAAGACAACCAAAGACAGCUCGCCGUCCCCGAGUGUCAACAAAGAAAAAAAAGCCAAAUCGAAAGAGUGCAAGGAUUCCGACGGAAAGGAGAAGAAGUCCAAGUCAAAAGAGAGAGACAAAAAGAAGGAAGCGGCGUCCCUGUUCCAGAUAAACGGCGACAAGGACUCGAAGAGCAAGAAGAAAGCGCCUGCCAAAUCGGAAAGUGACGACAGCGAAGAGGAGGCCAAAUCCGCAAAGUCCAAAAAGAAGUCCGCCGCCAGCUCCGCGUCGUCUCUGUUCCAGACGACGGGAGACAAAGACAAAGAGAAGAAGACAAAAAAGAAAGGCAAAGUUGCCGGACGCUUGCGCCCGAAGGCGGAAGAGAGUGACGAGUCGGAGUCAGAAAAGGAAGAAAAAUCCAAAAAGAAGAAGGGAAAAGGAAAGAAGAAGAAGGAGAGAGCGCCGUCACCUGAGAUUGAGUUUGACAACUUGGAGAAGUUCGUGAUGGAGCCGGCGCCUCAAGGCGCCACCGUCAAAUGCCGAGUGACUCGGGACCAGCGGGGGAUGGAUAAGAGCAUGUACCCGCUGUACUACCUUCAUCUCGACAACGACAAGAAGACGUUUGUCUUGGCUGGCAGGAAGCGAAAGAAAAGCGCAACCUCCAAUUAUCUCAUCUCCAUUGACGCCACGGAUUUAUCAAGAGGUGGCGAUAACUUUGUGGGAAAGUUGAGGUCCAAUUUAAUGGGCACCAAGUUCACCGUGUUUGACAACGCUCUGAAUCCAGAAAAAGCCCUUCCGGACUUGUCCAAUGCGCGACAGGAGUUAGCAGCCAUCAUCUACGAAACAAACGUGUUGGGGAUGAAGGGACCCAGAAGGAUGUCGGUCAUCAUUCCGGGCAUGGACAAGCACAACGAGCGAGUCCCCCUCCGACCCAGAAAUGACUACGACGGCCUGUUGAUACGACACCAGAACAGGAGGAUGGAGAACCUGAUCGAGCUCCACAACAAGACGCCCGUGUGGAACGAGGAGACGGCGUCGCACGUGCUCAACUUCAACGGCAGGGUCACGCAGGCCUCCAUCAAGAACUUCCAGAUCGUCCACAGCAAAGACUUGGACUACAUCGUGAUGCAGUUUGGCCGAAUAGCCGACGACAUUUUCACGCUGGACUACAAGUACCCCAUGUGCGCAGUGCAGGCCUUCGCCAUCGCGCUCUCGAGCUUCGACGGGAAAAUCGCCUGCGAGUAAUUAAGCGCGCGUUGCCUCCGAGGGCCGCGUGCGACUCACUCCGACUCAAAACACCUGUCGGACCGAGCCGGGCCCUUUGGAUACGCCGUCGAAGCGAUCUGCGCCGGUGACAAAUGACAGCUGAGUCAAUGCGACAAUACCUGCUGCUGUUGUUUUUGCCGCCCUUUUCUAAGGUGUGCCGUUGCCUCCGUGCAGGAGUGCAAAAAAAAAAAAAAACGUAAAAAUGAGCUCACGUUUGUCAUUUGAGCUGUCAUGGCACCUGCAUAGGCCCCUUUUGAUUCUACGUCAAUUCAUUGGAAACAUUUUGUGUCAAUUUGCACUGCUUUCAAUCACGGGAAUGUUGAUCGCGAUCAUAUCAGGUCGAGCAAAUGGGAGUUUCUGUGGGUGGGCGGGUUCAUUUUUGCAUUGUAUUUUGGUUAUGACGUGAAAAUUUGUAGCUGACUAAUUUAAUUGAAGUACAUUCAAUUUAAUUCAAUGAAGUUUGUCUUUAGGCAUACUAAAGCGCUGAUAUCCUUAAAAAAAAUAACUCUGCUGUUAUGACUUAUCUGAUCAAAUAAAUGUGCAGAUUGUUUUUCAAUAAAAA